AUGCCAACAAUAGGUAUCGAUUACGAAAAAAUAGAAAUUAAUGAGGCUUCUAUAAUGGUCUGGGUUAUUGGUGGACGUUUAGGAAGUCGGGCUUUAUGGCAACAAUACUACGACAGAAUGUCAGCAUUGAUUUUUGUUGUCGAUUCACAUGAUCGAGAUAGAGUUGAUCAAGCAUGUGAACAACUUCAUUUAAUGGCGAAUAAAGACAAACUUCGAGAAAAACCUAUUCUCAUAUUUGCCAAUAAACAAGAUUUGCCCGAUGCAAUGACUCUUGAUGAACUUCGAGACAAACUCCAUUUGGCUAAACUCAAUACGAAUACCAAAUUGCGUUUACAACCAGCAUCUGCUAUUCAAAAUCAAGGUCUUCGUGAAGGUUUCGAAUGGCUGGCAAAUUGUAUUGUCGAAAAAAUUGAUCCAAUAAAGCCCAUUGUCGAAACAUUUAACGAUACAAUCACGAUGAAAAAUGAUUUCAUGUCUAUAUUUAAUAUGGUCAAUUUAAAGACAUUCUUACGUAAAUUAAUUUAA